AUGGGUCCGCUCAACCUUCGCCUAACCCACGUGGAAGGUCAAUCGUAUAAGUUGCAGUGGAAAACCGAUCCUCCAAACUCAAAAGGCGUGAACACACUCCUGCUGGUCCUCAAAGAAAGCAGCGGCAGUGGAGCACAGAUUCGAGAAAUUGCAGAUUUCUCAAGUGGCGAAUUCACUGUGCGGAAUCUGAGACCCCAAACACAAUACACCCUUCUUGUCACAGGACUUGCAGAUGAUGUUCAGCAUUGGUCAGUUUCCGGCAAAUUCACAACACUUCCUGACGGUAAGUUGGUGCAUUUCAUCAGUAAGUGA